GGGGGUGGGGCCUGCAUGGCGAGCCCAGCACCAAGCCGCUCAGACCGGCAGCUCGGACGCCCUGCUCUGCUGCCCGGCUGGCUGCCGGGUCCCAGGUCCUCCUGCUGACCAAGUGCACCCUGACCUUGGGGAGCUCAGCGGGAGCCCGCCCGCCAGUCCCAGCCAAGGCGCCUGGAAGGUCAUCGCUGAAGGCUGGUCACCUGCUGGGCACGGCGGCCCUUCCCCCAUGGCCAGCUGCCCUGGCGGGCAGCUGGGAUAGGCCAGGCUGGCCGUUGUGAGGAGCUUUGCUGGGUGAAGUUGGCCUGUUUGAGGGCAAGCUGGAGGGGAAGGCCGACCGAGCUGAACAGAAAGUGCUCGAAGAUGGGACGGAAAGCCACUUCUGGGUGGGAAGCCCGCCACGAGGGUCCUGACCCUCAGGGGACCGCGUGGCUCUGGAGGCGCAUUUGGUGGAAGUAACGUGACCGCGUGUCCUGAAGUUGCCAUUUGAGGUCAAUUUGGAAACAGGGACAGUGGGGCUGCGGAGCGUCUGUCGCGGAGGCUGCGGCCAGUUCCCCGGGCACCCCGCUGGGCUUUUGUCCAGGGCAGAGAUGCGGGCCCAGCGCCGAGCCAGGGCAGGGGGCGGCAGUGCGUGCGGACCCCAAGGCCAGCCGCGCACGUGCCUCUGCUGACCCAAAAUGGAGAACUUCCAGUACAGCGUCCAGCUGAGCGACCAGGACUGGGCCGAGUUCUCGGCCGCCGCCGAGGAGUGUGGCCUCCUGCAGGCCGGCCUGGCCUCUGGGGAUGAGCUUCUGUCCGGUGACACGGACCACGGGGACAGCAGCGACAGCAGCCCCCCCGGGCCCCGGCCCCUUCCCGGGGGGCGUGGCUGGCGUGACUGCGAGGAGGAGGACCAGGCGGCCCCGCAGCCGCUGGUCAGCAGGUCUUGGCAAGAGCCCGUCCUGGCCCCGGGGGCUGGUCAGCAGAUGCCCAGCACGUCCGCGCGGUCAGAAGCCCGGCCGUCCCUCAGCUCUGGCGCUGCCCCUCCCGACCACAGCACGUCCCUCCCAGGGCCAGUAUCUUCCAGAGACGAGAUGCAGAGGCUUCUGCAGGGGCCGGCCCCCCGGGACCCUGCCCCUAAGCCCCCGGGGGAGCCCCCUCCGAGCCCCGAGUCGCCAGGCCGCAGCGCUGCGCCCCAGAGGGCCCCCGGCAGCCCUGGAGCCCUGCCCCGCAGCCCCAGCCGAAAGAAGAGGCGCGCUGCCGGUGCCAAGGCGGGAGGGCGCUCGGGGGCCGCGGGCUCUGCCUCCAGCCGGCUGGGCUCCCCGCUGCUCGCUGAGGCCCGGCCCCAGGAGGACCUGGGCCCAGCGGGGGCCACGGGGAAGGACGCCCCGGCUGGGACGGCAGAGCGAACGGCAGGAGCCUGGCAGGACGAGCGGGGGCCGGAGUCUGCAGGUGCCCCUGAGCCCGUGGCCAGGCCAGGGCCGGGGCUGGAUGUGUCUCCACCUGUCCCCUCCGCUGAGCAAGGGACAGACCCACUCAGGAUGACUCCCAGAGCCGACCUCCACCCUGUGUCCACGCCUGCCCGGGAACCUUUUCCAGAUUUCUCAGCGGCUAAGUCAGACACGGCUCUGUCUGGACCUGCCUCCCAGCUUCCUCCCGGCACGGCUGUGUCUGCCCCCGCCUGCGAGCCUAGACUGGACGUGGACCGGCCCACGCCGGGCCCAGAGGUCAAGCCAGACGUGGACUCCUCUGCACCUGCCUCAAAGCCGCAGUCCGACGUGGAAGUACCCACACCUGCCCCCGCCGCGCAGGCCGGGCCUGCCCUGGGGGAGGCAGAGGCUGCCCCCCCGGCCAGGCUGGGGUCGGGCCCUAUAGUGUCUCCAGGGGGGCACCCGGAGAGGCCCACCAGGGAGCCCUCCGCAGCUGCCCCUGCGUGUGCCUUGGAGGAACCCCCGCCAGGUCCCAUCCAGGCCUCCAAGAAGAAGAAAGUGCGGUUCUCAGUGACUGUGCCCAGCCCCGAGGAGCCGGGGUCAGGAGAGGCCUCGCGCCCCCUCUCGCCAGCCACGGCCUGGCCCUCAGCCCCCAGGACGGCAGCGGGGGGCCGGGGGGCGCCUGGGGCUUGGGACGCAGUGGCGGUUGGGCCCCGGCUCCCCCAGUCCCGGAUCCUGAAGCACCUGCCCCCUCCCGCCCCCUCUGCCUCUGGGGGCCUCGGCUACAGGAGCUGCUUCGCGGUGACUGUCCCAGAAGCCUAUGAGUUCUUUUUCUGUGACACUAUAGAGGAGGAGGAUGAAGGUGCUGAGGAGGUGGCAGAGGCCAGCGAGGUCCCAGCCCAAGUCCAGUGGCCAGAAGUGUGUGAGUUCUUCUUCCGGGACAGCCAAGGCCGGAGGUCAGGGCACCGGGGGGGCCAGUGCCCGGCCCCGGCCCCAGCCACGCCUGGGCCAGCCCCCCUGCCUGGGGACCCCGUGCCGAUCUCCAUCCCCGAGGCCUACGAACACUUCCUUGGGGAAGACAGGCUGGGGGCCGUGCCGGGGCCGGCCGCCCCCCUCCAGCUGCAGGCCGCAGAGGCCCGCACGGCGGCCCCCCCGGGAGUGGAGCCGGGCACCCGGCCGGAGCGCAGCCUGGCUGCAGUGGGGCAGCUCGACCUGGUGCUCAGGCCAGCAGAAAAGCCCCGCGGUCCCCUCGCCUCGUUAGCCUUCAGCCAGAACGACAUGUGCCUGGUGUUUGUCGCCUUUGCCACCUGGGCUGUGAGAACGUCAGACCUGCACACCCCCGACGCCUGGAAAACAGUCUUGCUGGCCAACAUCGGCACCAUCUCCGCCAUCCGCUACUUCCGCCGGCAGGUGGGGCGUGGGCGCCGCAGCCCCAGCCCCGGCCCCAGCCCCAGCUCCUAGGGCCCACGCUUGGCCCAGGAAGAUGCAGGACGAGGAAAUGGCUGCAGGUGCUCAGGACCAGGCGCUGCCCUCUGGCCUUGCCCUUUGACCCUUGCAUUCCGUGGCAGCAUCUAGGAAGGAGCCCGGGUCCUCAGUCCUGGCUUCCUUGGACUCUGCCCAAGGCUCAGGCCAGUGGCCGGAGCCCAGACUGCUCCACAGCCGGGAGGGGAGGUUCGGAAGGUUGUUUGGCUGAGGCUGGGCAGGCAACUGCUUAGCAAGGUGGACAGAUUUGCAAAUAAAGACCGGGCACCCGGCAAAACUGGGGUUUCACACAGACAGUACCAGAGACGGACAGGCGCUCGUCGGCCUCGGAGCUCGGCACCCCUGUCCCCGUCGCAUUUUGAUGAGCAAAGAACGUUCCGGCGCUUGCUCGGGUCGCACUUGCUGGCACUUGCAUGAGUCACGCUGCCGCCCCGCAAGACAAAAGGCUUCGUUGGGUGUUCGUGGGUUUUGGCACUCGGCCCGAGUUCCGGAACAAAUUGAUGACGAGUACCAAGGUAUCACUGUACUUAGACCAAGAAA